CGCGAGCGCACCUGGAGCCUCGGGCGCCCGGGGGACGAGGGCGUGCGGUGGCCGCCUCGCCCGGUGCACAGCUGGUGGCGCGCUCCCUCCCGGAUCCCCUUAAGUAAAGAGGCUCGGUCUAGCGCCCAGCGAAUAACGUUAUCCAAUUGCUUCCCGUUUUAUUCGCAGGCUGGGAGCUGCGAGAGCCAGAGCGUUCCCUCGCCAGUGCUCCAGGGGAGGAGGGAGGCGGGCGGGGACCAGGGGACGGCUUGGCUGCUCCACCUUGCGAGAGGCCAGAGCGCCCCGGCCCCGGCAGAGGCCAGCAGUGCCUGGAGCCCCGCAGCAGUGCGCCGGGCCGCCCGGAUCCCCGCGAUGGAGAUGGCAGAGGCGGAAUUGCACAAGGAGAGACUGCAAGCCAUAGCAGAGAAAAGAAAGAGGCAGACAGAAAUAGAAGGAAAGAGACGGCAGCUUGAGGAGCAAGUCCUGCUUCUGCAGCAUUCCAAGUCCAAAGUCCUUCGGGAAAAAUGGCUGCUGCAGGGUGUACCUGCGGGAACAGCGGAGGAGGAGGAAGCCAGGAGACGGCAGUCUGAGGAGGAUGAGUUCAAAGUCAAGCAGCUUGAAGAUAACAUUCAGAGGCUGGAGCAGGAAAUACAAGCGCUCGAAAGUGAAGAGUCCCAGAUAUCUGCCAAAGAGCAGCUCAUCCUCGAGAAACUGAAGGAGACAGAGAAAUCCUUCAAGGACCUGCAGAAGAGUCUCUCCACUGCUGAUGGAGCUGUGUACGCCAUGGAAAUUAAUGUGGAGAAAGACAAACAAACAGGAGAGACCAAGAUUCUCUCUGCAUCCACCAUUGGCCCAGAGGGGGUCCAUCAGAGAGGAGUCAAAGUCUAUGAUGAUGGUACCAAAGUAGUGUAUGAGGUGCACUCAGGAGGCACUGUGGUAGAAAAUGGAGUCCACAAAUUAAGCGCAAGGGAUGUGGAAGAACUAAUUCAGAAGGCUGGACAAUCGAGCUUCAGGGGGCACAUGUCAGAAAGGACUGUUGUUGCAGACGGGAGCCUGGGCCAUCCCAAGGAACACAUGCUGUGCAAAGAAGCCAAGUUAGAAAUGGUGCAAAAAUCCAGGAAAGAUCACGCUUCGGGAAACCCUGCGCAGCAGGCCCAGCCCUCCAGCACAGAAGGGCCAGAGGCAAACCUGGAUCAACCCGUCACCAUGAUCUUUAUGGGCUACCAAAACAUUGAAGAUGAAGAGGAGACUAAAAAGGUGCUAGGCUACGACGAAACCAUCAAGGCCGAAUUAGUCCUGAUCGAUGAAGAUGAUGAGAAGUCGCUAAGAGAGAAGACAGUGACGGAUGUGUCCACCAUCGAUGGGAACGCAGCUGAGCUGGUGUCCGGGAGGCCCAUGUCAGAUACCACAGAACCCUCAUCCCCAGAAGGCAAGGAAGAGAGCCUGGCCACAGAGCCGGCCCCAGCAUCUGGGUGGUCCAGUGCGCUGCUACAGGGAGAUGAGGCAACUGCAGAUCCCAUAGGAACCGACACAGACAUGGCCGUGGAGAAGCCUCCCCAGCUUUCUGAGGAUGCUAACCAGCUGAGAAGCAAGCGAGACAGCUGUGGUGACGUUCCCCUGGAGCCUGCUACCACCUCUCUCUCCCCAGAUCAUCAAAACAUGGAAAUUGAGGUGUCAGUGACAGAAUGUGAAAGUGUACCUGGAGUCACCUCUACCCCCCAUUCCAAGGACCACUCCUCCCCUUUUUAUUCACCCUCACACAAUGGCCUCCUCACUCAUCACCAUGAGUCCUUAGACAAUGAUGUCGCCCGAGAGAUCCAAUAUCUAGACGAGGUGCUGGAGGCCAACUGCUGUGAUUCUUCUGUGGAUGGAACUUACAAUGGAAUCUCCUCCCCAGAGCCUGGUGCAGCCAUACUGGUGAGCGGCCAGGGCUCACCUGCCUAUACACCUGCCCACUCAGCUACCCAGGCAGAACCCACUGAGGAAGCAUCUGGCAGGCAGGUGCCUCCUCACAUUGAGCUCAGGAGAAGCCCUUCUGACACCAUGGCUGAAGGAGAAAGAGCCAAUGGACACUCCACUGACCAGCCCCAAGGCAUGCUGGGGGAUGGCCUGCAGGCACCUGCCAGCCCCAGCUCCUCCACCAGCUCCCACUGCUCCUCUCGAGACGGGGAGUUCACGCUCACCACGCUGAAGAAGGAGGCCAAGUUUGAGCUGCGUGCCUUCCAGGAGGACAAGAAACCCUCCAAACUCUUUGAGGAGGACGAGCACGAGAAGGAGCAGUUCUGUGUGCGGAAAGUGAGGCCCUCCGAAGAGAUGCUGGAGCUGGAGAAGGAGCGGAGGGAGCUCAUUCGGAGUCAGGCUGUGAAGAAGAACCCUGGCAUUGCCGCCAAGUGGUGGAAUCCCCCCCAAGAAAAGACUCUUGAGGAACAGCUGGACGAAGAACAUCUGGAGUCCCACAGAAAGUACAAGGAGCGUAAAGAGAGAAGGGCACAGCAGGAACAGCUGCAGCUGCAGCAGCAGCAACAGCUGCAGCAGCAACUGCCCCUGCCCCAGCUCUGCACCACCCCAGCUUCUCACGAACAUCUAGAUGGCAUUGAACGCACCAAGGAGGAUGUCGUCACUGAGCAGAUUGACUUCUCUGCUGCACGUAAGCAGUUCCAGCUGAUGGAGAAUUCCAGGCAAACGUUGGCCAAGGGCCAAAGCACCCCAAGGCUGUUCUCCAUCAAGCCUUUCUACAAACCACUUGGAUCCAUCAACUCAGACAAGCCGCCAACUAUCUUGCGGCCAUCUGCUGUCGGGGGUCCUCUGGAAGACAGUAGCACACAGGCAGCCAAGGGGCAGAAAGUGUCCUAUGUAUCUGAGAGCCAGUCUGCAGGAGCAGGCCCAGGUAGCACUGCCACUCAGGGAAAGGAAGGGCCAUACAGUGAGCCUUCCAAACGUGGGCCCUUGUCUAAACUCUGGGCAGAGGAUGGAGAGUUCACGAGUGCCCGGGCCGUUCUUACUGUAGUCAAGGAUGAAGAUCAUGGGAUUUUGGACCAGUUUUCAAGAUCCGUCAAUGUAUCUUUGACCCAAGAGGAGCUAGACUCAGGUUUGGAUGAGUUGUCAGUGAGGUCUCAGGACACCACUGUCCUGGAGACCUUGUCCAAUGACUUCAGCAUGGACAACAUCAGUGACAGUGGGGCUUCCAACGAGACACCCAAUGCCCUUCAGGAAAACUCGCUGGCUGAUUUUUCUCUGCCUCAGACUCCCCAGACAGACAACCCCUCAGAGGGAAGAGAAGGGGUCUCCAAGUCAUUCAGUGACCAUGGUUUCUAUUCUCCCUCCUCCACUCUGGGAGAUUCCCCAUCAGUUGAUGAUCCCUUGGAAUAUCAGGCUGGGCUACUGGUACAGAAUGCCAUUCAACAAGCCAUAGCUGAGCAGGUGGAUAAGGCUGAGCCACUCUCCAGUAAGGAGGGCUCAGAACAGCAGGGACCUGAAGCAACAGCUGAGGAAGCCAAAAGCCAGGCUUCCGCCUCUGAGAAACCCCAGAGCAUGUUUGCACCACCUCAGGUGUCCUCUCCCGUUCAAGAGAAAAGGGAUGUAUUACCAAAGAUCCUCCCUGUGGAGGACAGGGCACUCAGGGAAAAAGGGCCCUCCCAGCCACUGACAGCUGUGCAGCCCAGUGGGCCAGUCAACAUGGAAGAGAGCAGGCCUGAAGGAGGCUAUUUCAGCAAGUACUCGGAGGCAGCCGAGCUGAGAAGCACAGCCUCCCUCCUGGCUACUCAAGAGUCUGAUGUCAUGGUUGGGCCUUUCAAACUGAGGUCGAGGAAGCAGCGGACUUUGUCCAUGAUCGAGGAAGAGAUCCGAGCAGCCCAGGAAAGGGAAGAGGAGCUGAAGCGGCAGAGGCAAGUGGCGCAAAGCAUCCCGAGCCCCAGGGCCAAGAACGCCCCAUCGCUGCCUUCUAGAACCGCCUGCUACAAGACUGCUCCAGGGAAAAUAGAGAAAGUCAAACCUCCUCCAUCCCCCACAACUGAAGGUCCCAGCUUGCAGCCUGACUUAGCCCCUGAAGAGGCCGCCGGAACCCAGCGGCCCAAGAACCUGAUGCAGACCCUCAUGGAAGACUAUGAGACACACAAAUCUAAAAGGCGCGAGAGAAUGGAUGAUAGUAGUUACACCUCUAAGUUACUGUCUUGCAAGGUGACUUCCGAGGUCCUGGAGGCCACACGGGUUAACCGAAGAAAGAGCGCUCUGGCCUUGCGCUGGGAGGCAGGGAUUUAUGCCAACCAGGAGGAAGGGGGCACCGAAUAAACUUCCUUCAGCCCAGGAAACUCCUUUGCUGAAGGAGUUUCUGCAAAGAAACCAAGAGAUUAUCAAUUCAGAAGCAUUUUAACUGACUAUUUAUUAAAGUGCAUACAAACUCAACAAUCCUCAUGUAGACCAGAAGCUGCAAUACACAAUGAUUUAAAAAAAAAAACAAAAAAACCAAAAAACAAAACAAAAAGCAAAGCGAAGAGGAAGUCCACCCAUCAAACUCUGACACCCGAGAGUCAGAAGAGAAAGGAUUUCUUUGUGGUUCAAAGAAGUCCCUGGCUUUGGACCAUUCCACAACCAAUCCAAAGGACACAGGCAUGACAAAUGUGUUAGUCUCCUUGCUGCAGGGAGAACUGAAGCCAGCCUGGGCUGGGUGAGGAGGAGGAGCCAACAGUGACACAGUCAUUCCAAGGCAACAAACAGGCCCCCCCAGCUGUUCCUCCCUCCACACCAGCUUCCUGCCCCUUUCUCUCUUGAAGCAUCAGACGCCUUGGGUUGACUCCAUUUUCUCCAGCAGCUGUAAAACAAAUGGCGUUUCUUUCCACGGUUGCUCAAAAGGGGCAAUGAGGAUUCAAUCUCUGUCAUGUGUAAUCAUUUUUAAUUGGAAACACUUUAUGGUCACAAUAUAUAAAAUCUGCAUUUUAGAGACAAUAUCUUUUCCUGUUGCAGAUGCAAUCUAUUCUACAGUAGGAGUUUGAGAACGGUGGGGGAGAGAACCAAACCAAAUGGGUUAUUAGCUUUAGGACCUUCUCUGCUUAUCCUGGUGACUGAUCAGUUUAGGGAAACACACUUUCACAGUUACGUUUCUUCAUAUGAAAACUGUAUUUAGUGGGCAAUGACUAUUUUUAUGAUGGGAUGGGGGAAUAGGACCAUGGAUAAAAUCUGUACACACUGAACAGCUUGGUUCAAGAUGGUAGGGGUAUUUUUGAAUGGCAAUAAUUGAAAACAAAAGGGGGCAGACUGCCUUAGAAGGGUCGAUGAUCAGGAACUCAGUGUUUAUAACGAUUUUGUAUUUUAAAAUGGGCCUUAGACGUGGUUGGGACAUAGGAUGGACUGUUUGGGAUCUGAGAAAGACAACAUUAAAGUCUUGGAGGUAGAGAGAGAAAUGGGGUGGGAGGGAGAAAGAGUGGGAAAGGAAGGAAGAGAAAUUAUUUUUGCUGAAUAACCAGUGUUUUUCAGGAUGACAAAGAGAAAAAACUAUAGAAUAGAAAUUUAAGUACAGACGUGGAAUCAGCUACAAAUCCUAAAGAUGGUGUGUAUGCCUUUGUGUGCCUGUAUAAAGGGUGUGUGUUUAUGAGUAAGGUAUGGCGUGUGCGUGCGUGGCGUGCGU